CUCACAUCAGAAGAAACCAAAGCGAGCAGAGCCGAGAAAACCCCAGCAGAGCUGCUCACCGACACCCAGACCCGGGGGAGGAAAAGAGCGGUGACGGAGGACACGAUACAGGCUGCAGGAUGUUCUCCUCGGUGAAGCCGUAUGAAGGCCAGCAGUUUGAGGCUCUGAGGAAACGCUGUCAGCAGAGCCGGACGCUGUUUGAGGACCCUCUGUUUCCCCCGGUGGACGAGUCUCUGUUCUACCAGACCAACCAGAUCGGGAAAGUCACCUGGAAGAGGCCGAAGGAGCUGUGUAGUGACCCUCACCUGUUUGUAAAUGGUAUCAGUGCUCAUGACCUGCACCAGGGCCGGCUGGGGAACUGCUGGUUUGUGGCCGCCUGUUCCAGCCUGGCGUCCAGAGAAGCUCUGUGGCAGAAAGUGAUCCCGGACUGGAAGGACCAGGAAUGGGACUCGAACCACCCGGAUUCGUAUGCUGGGAUUUUCCACUUCCGUUUCUGGCUGUUUGGCGAGUGGGUGGAUGUCGUGAUCGAUGAUCGGCUGCCCACCGCUAACGGUAACCUGAUCUACUGCCAUUCAAACGACAGCAAUGAGUUCUGGAGCGCACUGGUGGAAAAAGCCUACGCCAAGAUUCACGGCUGCUACGAGGCGCUGGAUGGCGGGAACACGGCGGACGCUCUGGUGGAUUUUACUGGAGGAGUUUCUGAGCCUGUUGAUCUGCUGGAGGGUCGCUUCGGUCAGGAGGAGGAGGCGCGGAACCAGCUGUUCGAUCGGGUUCUUAAAGUCCACAACAGAGGAGGACUCAUCAGCUGCUCCAUCAGGGCGACCACUCAAGCAGAUAUGGAAGCUCGUCUGGACUGUGGUUUGGUGAAAGGCCACGCCUACGCAGUUACAGACGUGCGGCGGGUUCGACUGGGUCAUGGCCUGCUGGCUUACUUCAAGUCUGAGAAGCUGAUGAUGAUCCGUAUGAGGAACCCGUGGGGUGAGAGGGAGUGGAACGGGCCGUGGAGUGACAGUUCUGAGGAGUGGCAGAAGGUCAGUAAGGGCGAGAGGGAGAAGCUGGGGGUUACUGUACAGGACGAUGGGGAGUUCUGGAUGACAUUUGAGGAUUUCAGUAAGCACUUCACAGACCUGAUCCUGUGCCGCCUCAUCAACACGUCCUACCUGAGCAUCCAUAAGACCUGGGAGGAGGCCGUGAUGAUGGGGUCCUGGAGUCGCCAUGACGACCCGCUGAGGAACCGCUCGGGAGGCUGCAUUAACAACAAAACCACCUACCUGCAGAACCCACAGUAUGUGUUUGAUGUAAAGAAGCCUGAAGAUGAGGUGCUGAUCUGUCUGCAGCAGAAGGACAGAAGAGCUCGACCUAAAGAGGGGAAAGGAGAGAACCUGGCUAUUGGUUUUGACCUUCAAAGGGUGGAGCUGAACAGGGUUUACCGCAUGCACACCAGUCAGCAGAAGCUCUGCAGCUCCGUUUAUAUAAACUCUCGCAGCGUCUUCGUCCGCAAGGACCUGAAGGAGGGCCGAUACGUCAUCAUCCCCACGACCUUUAACCCCGGCCUGCAGGGAGACUUCCUGUUACGGGUUUUUACCGACGUGCCUUCAGACUGCAAGGAGUUGACUCUGGACGAGCCUCCUCAGACGUGCUGGACGGGGUUGUGUGGGUAUCCUCAGCUGGUCACGCAGGUUCACGUGAUGAAGGGAGUGGGGCUGCAGGGGCAGGACUCGGAUGGAUCGUCUGACCCGUACAUCAUCAUCAGCUGUGAAGGGGUUAAAGUGAAAUCUCCUGCUCACAAGAGCAAUCUGAGUCCGGAGUUCGAUGUGAAGGCGCUUUUUUACAGGAAGAAACCCGGUCAGGGAAUCCACAUCGAGGUCUACAACAAGAACGUACUAAACGACUCGUUUAUGGGUCAGGUGACUCUGAGUGGUGACCUAACAGACCUGCAGCAGCAUCACACGCUCCACCUGCGGAGGAAAGGCAGCCGACAGAACAGCGACCUACCGGGCAUGCUCAGUGUGAGCGUCAUCACCAGCAACGUCCUCACUAACAUCUAAUAUCUAAUAUCUAAUAUCUAGGACCUAUCUCCCAAAAACCUCAACAUGAUGAUGAUCGGUGUGAAUUUGCUGGUCCUGUGGUAAUUCAGAAAAAAGCACUUUUUUAAAGAUUGAUGUAGAUUAUUUAGUUAUUGUUUAGUUAUAAAUUUAACAGACGUUAAAGUUUAUGUUUGUCUGAAGAUUCUUAUGGAUGUUCGGGGAAUUGUUAAUAAUGCUAAUAGACAGUUAUAAUACAAAAGAUGUCCUGAUCAAGAUUAUAAUAGAUUAUAAAGGAUCAAUUGUGACCUAUUAUUAGCCGUAUCCAGCUCCGAUCCUUUGAUCCUCAGUAUCAGCUGAUUCUUAGCUUUAAGGUUCUUUGAUCUGGACUUCCCUAACACAUCCCUAAUAAUGACCAUAAGAAAUUAUUUCAGGCAACUACGCUAAUGUUGCUAACAGUGACUGAAACAGUGACUGUUUGUUUGUUGUUAGCAACAUUUUUUUUUCUUUUAAUGGGCUUUGUUUACAUGUUCUUCUGGACCAAAAUUGCCAAUAUACAGGUGCAUCUCAAAAAAUUAGAAUAUCAUUAAAAAGUUGCUUUCUUUCAGUUAUUUAGUUAAAAUUGUGAAACUUAUAUAUUAUAUAGAUGUAUUAAACACAGAGUGAUCUAUUUUAAGCGGUUAUUUCUUGGGAAUGUGGAGAUGUGGAUUUCAUUUUCCAGCAGGACUUGGCACACUGCCCACACUGCUAAAAGUACCAACUGGUAUUAUCUAAUAUUGCAUUUUAAUUUUCUAAGACACUGAUUUUUGUGUUUUCAUUGUCUGUAAGCCAUAAUCAUCAGCAAUAAAAUAAAUAAACGCUUACAAUAGAUCACUCUGUGUUUAAUACAUCUAUAUAAUAUAUGAGUUUCACAUUUUGAACUGAAUUACUGAAAUAAAGUAACUUUUCAAUGAUAUUCUAUUUUUUUUUGAGAUGCACAAGUAGUUGUUUCUUUCUUAGUUUUAGUAAAGGUUGUAUUUUAUAACUGCAGAAACUUGAUUUUCCAAUAUAUAUAUAUAUAUAUAUAUGCCACUUUACAGCCAGGAAGGCAAUUCCUCUCUUACCUCCUGUGUACACAUAUCCAAAUCUUUAAAAAAUUGAAAUAUUUUCAAUUUUACACAGAGACCAAAACGCUUGCAUGAGCAUUCUUGAACUGUAGGUGGCGAUAUAACAUCAGAGAGAGAGAAGUCAACAAAAAGGGUUAAAUCCCAAAUUACACACUGCUCCCUUAGUAGUGUACUAUGCAAGUCAGGAACAUUUCUAAAGAAUCAUAGAGAAAUCUAGAGCUAUCUGUGUGUAGAUCCUGUGUAGAUUCUGGUACACUAAUAGUCAAAAGUUUGGACACACCUUAAAUUCAAUGUUUUUUCUUUAUUUUAAAAUGUUCUGCAUUGUAGAGUAUUACUACAGUCAUCCAAUCUAUAAAGAAACCAGAAUAUGUUUUACAUUUUAGAUUCUAUAAAGUAGCACCUCUUGCAUAGAUUAGACAGUUUUGCACAUCUCUGCUGGAUUUUCUCAGUCAGCUUUAUGAUGUAGAGUCACCUGGAAUUCAGGCUUUCAGUUAACAGCUGUGCUGAACUCAUCAAGAGUUAAUUACUUGAAUUUCUUGUCUCUUAAUAAAGUGUUUGAGAGCAUCAGUUAAAGUAAAGUAGUGAAGAGGUAGAGUUACAGGUAUACAGUGAAUAGUGAAUAUUUGAGUAAUGUUCUAAUCCAGAUUAUGAGAAGCAAGAACUACUCAACUAAAUAAAGAUAAAAAAAUAGUUAAAAAAAAAUAACAUCAAUCAGUUUGUAACAUUUUAAGAAGUUUAAAGUAUCUUUAAGUGCAGUCACCACAAAUACCAUCAAAAAUGUUUUGAUGAAACUGGCUCUCAUCAGGAACGUCCCAGGAAAGGAAGAGCGAGAGUUUCCUCUGUUGUAGAGGAUAAGUUAAUCAGAGUUACCAGCCUCAGAAACCACAAGUUAACAAACAGCUCCCCAAAUAAGAGCACCUAAAUGCUUCUUCACAGAGUAUUUUGGUUUGUUUAACACUUUUAAGUUACUACAUGAUUCAUUAUGUUCCUUCAUAGUCUGAUAGAUCACUUCAGGAUUAGUAUGCAUUUCCAAUGCAGGAACAAAAUGAGAAUGAGAAGGUGUGUCCAAAGUUUUGACUGGUACUGUAUAUAUUUCACUAUAUUAAUAAUAAUAAUAAUACAUGUGGAUGGUGCCUUAAUGUUGGGAACUGAGUGUGAAUGCCACGUAUUCUUUCAAUUAUCAAUCAAACAUCAAAGAAAAGUCAUUAAAGGGAUUAUGCCACGUUUUUAUUUCUGUAUAAUUAAGCGAUAAACUUGGAGCCAUUCUUUUGCAGUGGUUUGUAGUGAAACUAUGAGACUAUUAUACUAUUAGACUAUAUACUGAAUAGUUUACAGUGAUAGUAAAUGGAACACAAUAUCCUCUGUAUAUAAAAGUUUUGAGUGACUAAUUCGGCCUAAAGUGUAUUUUAUAAAAGCCAGUUGUGGUCAAGAGAUGCAUGCACAGUGCAAUAAAGCCAAAAAAAAUCCCCAAAUAAAAUGUAGGGUUUCUCUAUGAUAAACAAUUUCUCCCCAAACCAAGAUUAUACAGAAAUUAUAUAUAUAUAUAUAUAUAUAUAACCUGGUCUCCCUAGUUGUUAUAUGCUCGUUUACACACUAUGGUUAUUACUCAGGAAUUCUCACUAGCAAUGUUUAGUAUUGUAUCUUAUGUUCUGAAGUCUGUAUUCCACUAUGAUCGGGGGAGAUCGCUGGUUUGAAUCCCGGUCAUGCUGCUUGCCCUCAGCUGCCGGAGCCCUGAGAGAGCACAAUUGGCCUUGCUCUCUCUCUCUGGGAGGGUACAGUAGAUGGCGCUCUUUCCCCUCAUCACUCCUAGGGUGAUGUGGAUCAGCACAAGGCUGCAUCUGUGAGCUGAUGUAUCAGAACCGAGUCGCUGCGCUUUCCUCCGAGCAUUAGCGCUGUGAUGCUACUCUGUAAUGCUGCAUCAGCAGCAGUUCAAAAAGAGGAGGAGUCUGACUUCACAUGUAUCGUAGGAGGCGUGUGCUAGUCUUCACCCUCCUUGUAUUGUGGCAUCACUAGUGACGGAGGGAGUCCUAUUGAGUGGAUUGGGUAAUUGGCCGUAUAAAUUGGGAAGAAAAUGGGAUAAAACCUUAUAAACCUAGAAAUGGGCUGAAUUAAAGUGCUGACAUAAAGUGCCUAGAGGGUUUCCAGGACUCCAGCCCACAUCAAUAGCUGUGUUCACAUUAGCAGACUAAAGUGAUUUCAAAUCAUAUCUACACUACUGGUCAAAAGUCUUAGAAUUGAUUGAUUGAAGUGGUUUGUAAUGUGAACGCAGCACAAUACACCACUUUUAGCCAGUCAUUCAAGAACGUCUGAGGGCAGUCAUUGGUUAACUCAGCUGGGUUGGAUUGGUUGGAUCCAAUCUACAGCAGGAGCAGGUUGGUGGUGGCAGUAUUUAAUCAAAGAGAUCAAAGUGUACCUGGUUAAUCCUAAUGAAGACUGAGUUUACUCCUGUUAACUGUUGUUUACUGUGUUGCCUUAAAGUGAAAUACCUUUUUAAUUAAGCAAUAAUACACUCGAGGUUCGUGCUAUAAUGUGUAAUAUUGGCACUGCUGUGCUGCGGUCGUAGGCACAAAGCUGAGUGCCCUAGAUCACCAUAGCAGUGCCAAUGUUACAUAUUAUAACAUGAACCUCGAGUGUAUUAAUGUGAUUAUACCACACUUCCAUUAUCCCUAUUUAUUAAAAAGAUUUUGAGUUAAAGAGGAGGAGAAAAUAGGAUCUGUUUGGUUAUAAAAAAACUCCGCCAGUUAAAAUAGUUCCAUUGCUGCUGUGUUUGUAGCUAUGCUGUUUGGUUUGUAAGCGCUGCAUCGUUGCUAGGUUACCUGUAAGUGGCAGAGAAAUACAUGGAGAGCUUCGGUUACAGUGCAUUACCGGCUGAUAAUGACACUCACAGAGGGUCUCUUAACCAAUCACAUUGCAGGGUUGGAAUUAACUGUGGUAUAACAUUAAAAACACUGCAGAAAUUACAGUUUGAUAGGGAGUUGAAAUCAUCUUUACCUAUUUGUAAUAGAAUAGAAUAGAAUAAAAUUACUAUUACUUUCGGGGGGGUGAUUUCACUUGCAGGGUGUGAUGUUCUGCAGUGUAAUGUAUGCUCCUUAAAGCAGAACUCUGGUGUAAAAUGGACUUUUGCUGUAGUAAAACAUGAUAAAAAGUUCUUAUCUUUGAUGAAUAGCACACCUCCGUCCAAACACCCUUCAGACUGGGUGACACGGGGCAUAAUUUACCCUGAUAAAUCACUUUUUUUCACUUAUCCAGUUCAAAGUAGCUCCACACCUCCUUGCUAGAAUCCGGAGAGCCCUGACGUUUAAAACGAGGCAUUAAUAACUUAAAAAGUGCACAAGAAGCUUAUACACUGUUUACAUCCCAUAACAAUAGCUUCAGCUCCGAGCGCCGCCAUUACUGUACUGAUAAUGACAUAGACGUAUAUACAUAGAUUCUGCAUAGCGUAGCAGCCGGCGCAAGGAGGCAGGCUAUGUGGAGUCUAUGUAUAUAUAUAUAUAUAUAUGACAUUAUCAAUGCAAAUAUGGUGGAGCAAGGAGCUGAAGCUAGCAUUAAUGGAUGUAACAGUGUUUUUAAUAAGCUUCUUGUGCACUUUUUAAGUUUUUAAUGCCUCGUUUUAAAUAUCAGGGCUCUCCGGAUUACUGGAACUUGGAAAGCUGCAGGAGAGAGGUGACUGGUUCUGUAUGUUGUUCUUAUAUUAUACAGUAUAUUCUUAUGUAUUUGUGUACAGUCCCCUAAAGAUUUAAAAUAAAGGUACAGUAAUAAUAAUAAUGAAUGAAUAAAGAUAAUAACUGGAAUAAAUCA